GCCUUAAUAUGAGGAACAAAAAAUAUUUAUAUUUUAACAUGUCAGCUGCUGUUUAGCUGAGCUGGUCACAUCAGAUAUUGAUAACUCUUGAGCGUUUUUUCUUAUUGAAACAACCUUUUUUCUCCUAAUUUGACCAUUUCCUUCUGUUAAUUAUAUUAUGACAAUAUUCUUUUAAUAUAACUUUAUUCUGGUACAACUUUAGUCUUGUAAUUUUCAUAUAAAAACAACUUAGUCUGGCCCUACUUUGUCUGUCAAACUAAAAACAGCUUCUAAAGAAAUUUUAAAGUUGAUUACUGUAGAAAAUAUAGUGAUAGAUUAAUUUGAAAUUCCAGUUAAAUUCACAUCUAUUUUAACUGCUUUCUUUUUCAGAAUAACAGUGGCUCUGGCGGCAACAAGUCAUAUACAGCAAAAGGUGAAGAUCAGCCCACAAUUCAGCAAGCAUUUAAUAAGCAAGUCACCUAUGCACCCACAUCAAAGCAUGCUAAAGACCUUAACAGUMCAGUGGCAUACUUCAUUGCCAAAGACAUGAUGCCAUUUCAAGCUGUUGAGAAACCUGGGUUCCUGAAGKUGAUGAAGACGGCAGUUCCACUUUACAAAGUGCCAUCAAGAAAAUUUUUCUCAACUAAUGAAAUCCCCAAGAUGUACUCAGAGGUCAAGGCUCAUGUGCAAAAACAAGUGGCAAAAGGGGUGUGGUUUUCUGCAACAACUGAUCUGUGGACUAGCAGUGGUGGUAGUGGAGAACCUUACAUCAGCUUCACUGUGCAUUUCCUCUCCCCAGAGUGGGAACUCAAGUCCUUCUGUCUAGAAACUAUGUUUUUCCCAGAGGACCACACAGCUGAACACAUCUUGGAGUUUUUUGAAAACAUGUUGCUGGAGUGGAACAUGACAAGUGGCAGUUUGUCUUCCAUCACAACAGACAAUGCAACAAAUAUGAAAAAAGCAUUUCAAGACCAACCUUAUGUUUGGCUUGGGUGUUUUGGCCAUAAUCUUAACCU